AAAAUAAAAUGUCCACUUUGGAGUGUUUUGAAAUAUCCGCUCCGGGUAAAGUAAUACUCCAUGGUGAGCACGCUGUGGUAUACGGGAAACCAGCGUUAGCUGGACCUAUAGGACUGAGAACCUACCUCACAUAUAAGCGCUUAGAACAACCUGAAGUAAUACUCGACUUCGCCUCGAUACCAUUCACAUCUUCGCUAUCGCUCGAACGCUUCAACGAGUUUCUUCAUCAGUAUGACUGCCAUUCCGAUUUACAACCGCUCGAGUUUCUCCAAAUUCUCAGACCGUCGGAAGAUUUCUGCUUUGCUAAGUUCGUCACCAACAAGCCUAACAAAGAUUCCAUUAAGGAGAGAUUCUCUCUCGGCACUGCACUUUAUCUGAUAAAUCGUAUCUUGCGUAGUGAAAACAUAAACUCGCUAAACACCGGAUUUCAGCUAACAAUCAAAUCCGUCAUGAGCAUCGGCGCCGGAUUGGGAAGCUCCGCCGGAUAUGGGGUGUGCUUUUCCGCGGCAGCGUUUGUGAUAUCCAAGAUAAUUAAAAAUGAGCUUAACGCCACCAACGCUGACAAAUUUUACCUGCAAGAUGACGCGAUGGUGCUGGAGAAAAUUUGCGCGUGGGCGUAUGACUCGGAAAUUGUUAUGCAUGAACGUCCGUCCGGAAUCGAUAACACAAUCUGUACCUAUGGAAAUCCUAUAAAGUUCAAACGCGGCGAGCCUUUCGAAAGUUUGAAUCUCCGUCAGCAGAUUCAUAUACUGAUAGUCGAUACUGGCGUUAGUCGCACGACCUCCAAACUGGUCGCCGCAGUCGCGGACUUACUCAGCAAGCAUUCCAAGAUGAUGAAUUCCAUUUUCGACGCUAUGGGAUAUUUGGUGGAUGAUGUGGUCAAUAUUCUAGAGGACGAAUCGGACCGUUUCGAAGAGCUGUGUACACUAGUUUCGGUUAACAACAAUUUGUUGAGGGCAAUUGGCGUUAGUCACCCGCGACUCGAGAAAAUCUUCCAACUCGCUAAUGAAGGUGGAUUCAAUGCGAAAUUGACGGGGGCUGGUGGAGGCGGUUGUGCACUAUUAUUUCUACCGGGAGAUUAUGCCACGAAAAGUGAGUAUGAACAAUUAACUACACAACUGACGAACGAAGGUUUCCACUGGAUCAAAUCCACCAUUGGAGGUAAGGGCGUACAAUUCCGAGUGGUCGAAUGAUCGGAACUUUUCGUUGCACAAUCUCAAUGGUACAUGUGUUAAUUGUAGUCGAUAUAGAUUGUUAUUUGGUGACGGAGAUCUGUAUUCAAGAUUGAGUAUUAUUGGUUCGUUGAUUUUCUAGUAUUCUUUUCAAUGGUGGUUAACAUUUGCUCUACAUUUCAAGACUGAGAUUUUUUGUUGGUAAAUGAAAUCGAUGUUACACGAAA